AUGGAUUUCCUCAAAUCCGCCGUCGCAUCUGCGAUCGCUAAAGGAAGCUCACUUCCUUUCUCUCUCGGUGAUAGAGUUGACAUUGGCGAUUCGAUCUGGACUCUGCAUAACGGUACGAAACGGGACGACAGCUCUGCGUGCAGUGUGUUUACAUUCGAUAUUGCGGCAAACAAGUCGCGUCUUCCGUUGGCGAAGAAUGCGGUGCGGAAGUGCAGGACCUUACGCCAUCCUGGUGUGAUCAAGGUUUUGGAUACGAUUGAGACUGAGUCGACUCUUUACAUCGUUACCGAACGAGUUGUUCCGCUUUCAUGGCAGGUCAAGCGAAGGAGUUUGAGUGAGGAGACUGCAAAAUGGGGGUUAUACACUGUCUCGUCUACUCUCAAGUUUAUCAAUGAAGAUGCAUCCUCCGUCCACGGUGCCGUUCGCGCGUCGUCGGUCUACACGAGUGAAAGUGGCGAGUGGAAGUUGGGUGGGUUUGAUAUUCUGAGCUCGAUGAAGGAGGAUGAUGCAAUUAUAUAUACGUAUGGAAGCAUUGUGCCUGAUGCAGCUCGAUACACUCCUCCAGAGGUGGUCAAAGGUGGCUGGGAAGUCAUCAAGCGCCACCCCUUGGCAGCUGUUGAUGCUUAUGGCUUGGGUGUUUUGAUUUUCGAGGUCUUUAAUGGUCAAUUUUCGGGUGGUGACCAAAUCGGCAAAACAACAAAUAUCCCUCCAAGUAUGCACCAAAGCUACAAACGUCUUUGUACUGCAAACCCCAAACUUCGAUUGAGCCCGGGUCACUUUGUUGAACAGGGCAAAAAGCAUGGCGGGUUCUUCCAGACCUCGUUGAUUCGGUUGACCGAGGACAUGGAGAGUUUGGGUCUUAAGACUGAUGUCGAGAGGGAAGAAUUCAUUAACAGUGAACUUGAUAAUCUAUCAGAAGACUUCCCCGAGGAUUUCUUCAAGAUGAAGGUACUCCCCGAGUUACUCAAGUCUGUUGAAUUCGGUGGUGGUGGACCAAAGGUCUUGAGUGCUACAUUGAAGAUUGGUUCCAAGCUUUCGGCAGAUGAGUUCAAUGCUAAGUUGACUCCUGUCGUUGUACGCUUAUUUGGUAAUCCCGAUCGAGCACUUCGCGUGUGCUUGUUAGAUAAUCUACCUUUGAUGAUUGAUAAUCUUACUCAGAAGGUGGUCAAUGACAAGAUCUUCCCUCAGAUGACUUCUGGUUUUACCGAUGUCGCCCCCGUGGUGAGAGAACAGACUGUCAAGGCUGUGCUUUCUGUUAUCAAUAAACUCAGUGAUCGAGUGAUCAAUGGAGAAUUGCUCAAAUUCUUGGCUCGUACCGCCAAUGAUGAGCAACCUGGCAUUCGAACAAACACUACCAUCUGUCUUGGACGGAUUGCAAAAAACCUGGGACAAAGUACCCGGUCUAAGGUCCUUAUUGCUGCCUUUACAAGAGCUAUCCGUGAUCCCUUUGCACAUGCUCGUGUUGCGGGCUUGCUUGCCUUGGCUGCCACAAUCGAUGUCUUCACUGAAGAAGAUUGCGCCGGGAAAAUUCUACCUGCCAUCUGUCCAUCCUUAAUAGACAAAGAGAAGCUCAUCCGGGACCAAGCAAACAAAACCCUCGAUCUCUACCUACAACGAGUCCGAAAAUUUGCUACCACAAUGGCAGACACAGUGCUGCCACCUAGCGCUCCCACAGAAGCAGUAUCAAACAAGCCCGAUCCCCAACCCGGUAACACGAAUGACAAGUCCUGGGCUGGAUGGGCAAUUUCAUCAUUUACCAACAAGAUUGCAACUGCCAAUGGCGAGAUUGAGCCAACCGCUGUCGCUAACGCCGGACCCGACACUACCCGGUCUGCAUCUGUUCCCCGCCCCGCCAAAUCAUCUCCUUCCACACAGCUCGACUUACCCAAACAAACAUUACGCCCCGCUGCCCAGCCGCUAGCCCGGUCGAUGUCUGACCGUCCGCCUCAUGCUGCCUAUGAACCCCCGGAGGAAGAGGAAGGAGAAGAUGUCUUCGAUGCCUGGGGUGCUAUGGAUGAUGAUGAAAACGAUGUAGACUCCUUCACUGCUGCCGUGGCUUCCCCCAAUCCCUCAUCGCCUGAUCCUUCUGCUAAUAAAUCCUCUGCCGUGCCCUACGACGAUGGUGGUGAGCCCGAUUUUGCAGGGUGGUUAGCCGCCAAGAGCCAGGCUAAGACUAAAAAGCCCCUACCUAAAGGUCUCGGCAAAGUGGGCUCCAAUCUGGCAGCCACCAAAUCCUCCACUAAGCCGCGCGUCCCAACAGCAAAGAAGAUCGAUACAAAGCCCAAGGAUGAAGAGGAUGAUGGAUGGGGAGAUGCAUGGGAUUAG